AUGAGGCUGACAACAGUGGUUGGAAAGGUUGUGAGCCAAUUUCAAACUGCUUUUAUACCUGGAAGGAACAUAUUAGAGGGAGUGGUCAUUCUUCAGGAGGUGUUACAUGAGCUAAGGGUCACAAAAUCAGCUGGGGUCAUCAUUAAACUAGAUUUUGAGAAAGCGUAUGACAGAGUUAAUUGGAAUUUCCUUGAAGAAGUAUUGCAUAGGAAGGGAUUUGAUGAGAAGUGGAUUCAGUGGAUGAAUAAAGCGAUUAGAGGAGGAAGAGUGUGCAUGGACUUGAACGGGGAGAGAGGGGACUAUUUUAGAAGCUUUAAAGGUCUCAGACAAGGUGAUCCUUUGUCUCCUCUCUUGUUCAACUUAGUAGCGGAUGCCCUAUCUGCCAUGUUAUCUAGAGCGUGCUCUGCUAAAGCUAUCAAGGGGUUAGUACCUCAUUUAUUUGAAGGAGGUUUAACACACCUACAAUAUGCUGAUGACACUGUUCUUCUCCUCCAUUUUGACCCUAAGAAUUUGAGAAAUGUCAGGCUGUUACUUUCUUGCUACGAAGCCAUGUCAGGAAUGAAAAUCAAUUACGAGAAAAGCGAGAUCUUCUCUGUGGGACUGUCCUUACAGGAGCAAAACAUUGCAGUUGAGUCCUUGGGAUGUAAAAUUGGAGUUCUUCCAAUGAAGUACUUGGGGAUGCCUGUUAGCUGCCAUAAGAUAUCCAAAGCCCAAUUGAGUUAUGUGUUUGAGAAGACUAGGAAGAGGUUGGGGACCUGGCAGUGUGAGUACCUAUCAUCAGGAGGGAAAUCUACUUUGAUAGAUUCAUGUCUGUCAAGCAUCCCUAUGUAUACCAUGGGUGUGUAUCAGUUGUAUGAAGGAAUUUUUCAGUGCCUAGAUUCUAUCAGAUCCAGAUUCUUCUGGGAAGGAACAAGCAAGAAAUGGAAGUAUCAUAUGAUAAAGUGGGAAGCACUGCAUAGAACAAAAGAAUUUGGUGGCCUCGGAUUCAUGGCUGUUAGAGUUAUGAAUACCUGUCUGCUUGCCAAAUGGAUUGAUAAACUGGAGAGGGGGAUACUAGUUUAUGUUGUACUCUGUUGA